AUGGAGAAGCAUUCGAAUGAAACAUUGUUAUGUUUGAAAAAGUUAUCUGUUAACAACAAGUCGAAGGUAUUUCUAAAUCUAGAGUAUUAAAUGACUUUAAUCGGAGCCAGUUAACCAUGCGUAGGUAAAGAUUUAUAUUCUUUAAUAUUUGCAUUCUUUAAUUUUUGUUCCAGAUUGGACAGGCAAAUGAAUCUGUCAAUUAUGUAUCCUCAGACUUUGAAGUUACCUUUGAGGAUAUUCUGUUGACACUACAUUGCAGAAAUGCUCAAGAUGCAGCAAAAUUGUUUGGCGUAUAUCUUUAUCACAGAGGUUUAUUGUGUUCUUAUGAGAAAGGAAGUAAUCCUAAAAUAGUUUCAGUGAUGUCAGUGGAUAUGAAUGUAAAGUUUAAUACCUGGUACCACAAGAAGUCAGAUGUAUCAGUUGAAUUCAUUGUUGAAGCAAUUUAUACAAAAAUGGUAUGUGGUUAUUGCAAAGUGUUUCCAUAG